AUGGACUUAGGCUACCAAGACCCAAUUAUUAUGGAAGAGGUCGCAAUGAAAGAUGCAUCAUCUUCCAAGCAAUCUCACCUCUUCCUCUUCGCCACCAACUUAGAUACUUUCGGUAGACGGCCAAUCUAUCUAAUCACCUACUCAAUUACACCGUUCCACUCGGCACCCUUAAUCCUCAGAGCCGUGCAGAGCUUGGGAGCGUCCUCUGUCCCCGCUGUUGCUUAUGGGGGUGUUGCGGAUAUAUGUAUUCAUGCCGAGAGGGGGAUCCAUGUUAGGACCGAUGAUGGGAGCGGCAAGUCUGGCUAUAUGUAUUGGACCCGUAUAUCGAUGAGGAGGAGCUCGGGAUACCAUCAGAUCGGCAACAUGGGCAGGGUCCAAGCAAGCGCAAAUGCAAUAUUUCUAAUCCGAUGGGUUGCCUUGCCAUUCUCUUCUAGAAAGAUACGGCGGUGGUUUUGUGGAUGGCCGCUUCGCCAUAUGCCGUCUAUUACUGCGUCCAAACAUCCAACCCCUCCAUACUCAAGGACAUUUAUGGCUUCAGAUGAACUCACGAUUGGGCUGGUAUACCUCCCGGGUGGAGUCGGUGUCGUUUUGGGAGGAUAUCUGAACGGACGAAGAUUGAUGGAUUAUAACCACGCCAUCACGGAGAAGAAGAUUAGCCAGCCUAUUGAUCCAGUAUCUGGAAACAAUGAUCUGGAUAACUUCCCAAUUGAAAAGGCUCGAGCCCGUGGUUGCUGGACUUUCAAUGCUCUAUUGGUUGAUCUUUUCCCAUCGAAUCCCGGCACAGCAGCUGAGGCAUCAAAUAUCACGCGCUGUGUGUUAUCGGCCGUAGCUGUCGCGAUUAUGCAGCCACUCGUUGACGCUAUGGGAAUAGGUUGGUUUUUCUCACUGCUAGCGUUGAUAAGUGGAGGUGGAGGCCUGGCAGCAAACUUUGCGAUAACGAGAUUUGGUACGAUUUGGAGGGGGCAGAGACUGGCUAAGACGCGGAGAUGA